GUUGUCGUUCGAUUGCUUUGGAAAAGUGCUGCUUUGGAGACGAUCCACUUUUCAUCUCACCUUAGCCUCAUGACGUAAUUUAAUUAUGUCAUUGACUGAAAUGUUGCAGAAAUCUUCGGUCACUUCAAGAAUCCGUUCAAUCUCGCUUCUGCUUCGAGUCAUUUGGAAACAUUUGAAACUUCGAACCCUGCUCAGGUUAGCCUAGCCCAGGCUAGUUUAGCUGCUAACAAAGAGAACAAACAACGUUCCUGGGAUCAACACGUCGCCGAGCAAGCAAACAUCAAGUCCCAACAUGUCAGAUGUCAGUGAAGAGCAUCGUCCUAAACGCCAGGGAUUUGCUGGCAUGGAAGAAGACGAGAAGGAAGAGUCGCUAUAUGUCAAGAAGGUGGAGGACGAAUUUGUCCACAUUAAAGAGGAGCAGGAGGAGUAUUUGAUUAGAAUGGAGCACCACCACAUUGAGGAGCAUCAGCAACCUCAUCCACUCAAAAAGGAGGAGGAGGACCCUCCAUAUGUUAAAGUGGAGGUGGUGGACAUCCCCGAGUGGACUGGUCAGCCCUUGAAGGGUGAAGAUGGCAGUCAGAGUGAGGCCAGCAGAGGGCCGGAGCCUCAGAGUGGCAGCAGCAAUACAAAAGAAGGAUUCCAAGCAGACAACCUCAUCGCUCGACCAUCAGAGAGUGACGACUUCACAUCACACUCGCUGUUCUGUUUCAGAAAAUACCUUGGUCCUAAACGGCAAGAGUCAGGGUCUCCUGGCAUUAAAGAGGAAGUUGAGCACCCGCAAAUGAAAAAGGAAGAGCCGGAAGACCAUCAACGGCAAAAGAGAGAUGAGCAACUCCCAAUCAAAAAAGAGGAGGUAGAGCUCACGUUAGAGGAAGAGCGAUACAUUAAAGAGGAGGAUGUUAUCACCAAGCCAACUGGUGAGCCUUUGAAGAUUGAAGAGGCCCUGAGUGAGACCAGCAGAGGGGCGGAGACUCCAAGCAGCAGCAGCAGCUCAACAGAAGGCUUGCAGGCAGACAGUUUCACUGCUCCACUAUCAGAUAGCAAAGACGCCAUGUCACACUUGCCUGACAAUGAUGAUGUUCAAAAGAAAGCUAACAGUGAGAACGAAGAGAAAUGUGCUCAAUGUGGGAAAACCUUUAUUAAUAAGUAUAUUUGUUGUAGGCAUAUGAGGAGCCACACUGGAGAAAAACCUUUUCCGUGCUCAGUUUGUGGCCAAACUUUCUCUCUGAAGCAAACCUCAGAACAACACACAAGAACCCACACUGGAGAAAAACCUUUCUCCUGCUCAAUGUGUGGUCAAGUAUUCGCUCAAAAGACAUGUUUUAAAAUACACACAAAAGCCCCCCCUGGAGAAAAGCCGUUUUCCUGCUCAGUUUGCAGUCAAAGGUUCACUUGCAAGAGCACCCUAAAGUCGCACACAAGAACCCACACUGGCGAAAAACCUUUUUCCUGCUCAGUUUGUGAUCGAAGAUUCAGUCGCAAUAGCUCCUUAAAAGCACACACAAGAAUCCACACUGGAGAAAAACCUUAUUCUUGCUCUGUUUGUGGUCAAAGAUUCGCUCACAAGCAAUACUUAAAACCACACGCAAAAACCCACGCUGAUGACAGACCUUUUUCCUGCUCAGUUUGUGGCAAAAGAUUCUCUGCAGAGAGAUACCUAACAGGACACAAAAGAACCCACACUGGAGAAAAACCUUUUCCCUGCUCAGUUUGUGGCCAAAGAUUCUCUUUAAGGGAAAACUUAACAAUACACAUGAGAACCCACACUGGAGAAAAACCUUUUCUCUGCUCAGUUUGUGGCCAGAGAUUCUCUUUAAAGGAAAAUUUAACAAUACACAUGAGAACCCACAUUGGUGAAAAACCUUUUUUUGUGCUCAGUGUUUGGUCCGCGAUUUAAUCAGAAGGGUCAUGUUAAGAGACAUGUGAGAAGCGGUGGCCAAGGACAAUUUUGCCCGUCAUCCAUGCUGGCUUCAUCAGUUUGUGCAUGCAAGACGAUUGUAUUCUGUGGACAUUCCUCAAAUCCUGUUGAGGAUUUGCAGUUUUUGUGCUAUACGGGUGUUUUUUUGGUUCCUUGUGUGAAUUGUAUUCACACUAUUGUCAAGAACUGGCUCAUCUGAUUUAAAAUGAAGGUGAAUAUAGAUGAAGUUAAGUUGCGUGAUCCUUGGCCUGCAUUACAUGCCAAAAACAAAAAAUUAUAUCGUUCGUUCCUGAUUCUUUUCACAAUUUUUCUUUGUUUUUUUUUUCAUUUUUUUUUAUUUUCAUGAACUGUUACUGCUAAUUUCAAAGAAUCUACAAUGAAAGUAUAAGAACCUAGACCAUGGUUCACCAAAUCCAGACCUCGGGGCCACUUUUCCCAUUGUGUUUUACAUGUCUCCUUCUGUUAGGGGAGAAAAACUGAAGGGGGACAGAACUGUUGCAUGGGAUUGUAAAACUAGACAGACAAACUUGUGCACUGCUUGGAUUGAUUACCAGAAAGCCUAUGACUCAGUGCCGCAUACAUGGAUCCUGGAAAGCCUGAAGCUGUACAAAGUUAACACCACACGAAGGCUAGUUUCAUACCUCUGGUCUUAAUGCACAAAUCAGAUUUUUUUCAUGUUUUUCCGACUCGAGUGAGGCAUUAAUUUGACUGUCCAAAUGGGACAAAUGGACCAUUUCAAAUCCGAUAUAGGUCACUUUCGUAUGUGGUUUAAAUGUGAUCUGGACCACAUUUUUCCAGAAUGUGGCGGCGGUCUGAACUGUCAAGUCUCCCAAAUCGGAAUUAAUGCAGCAAUUACGUCAGAAAAGAGCGAGGACGGCAGUGAUGUAGCUGUGCAUUAGCGUUAGCACCUAGCUUGAACUCGGCGUUUUUGUAGGUGGUGGGCGUGACCAGUCAUAAAAAAAUAAAGAAAGAAAUAGAUGAGUCUGAUAAUGCUCGAUUUUUCUUUCUCUGUGCCAAAGGAGCAAUUGCACCAUAAUCAACUGACGCACACACGUAAGGCUUAUGUGCGUGCGUGCGUUCUAUUAGUCCAUAUAAAAUUUGUCAAUAAGACUAAACUCAGAUUAUUAAUGUCAGUUAUUUGUGUCCUCUUCUUGGAAAUCAAAAUGUGAUCACUCUGGAAUGGCAUAUGACCAGCAUGUGUAAUAAUUUGUUUUGAUGCUUCUGGGCAUGCAAAUCUGUUUGCUCAGCGCGUGUCGGACUGUGAAUUAGUGCGCAUGUGUAAUACUUUGUUAGGUCUAAACUCACUUUUGUAAUUAAUUAAAGACCUAGAGAGGGACCGGAGAAGGAUCAGAUUAGGAACGGAGAUAUUUUUUCACCGGCGGCCGCCAGGGAGAGAACUGACUAUGCUGUACGCUUUACUCGCAAGUCAGUAAUUCUCUCUCAGCCCUCUACCUGGGGUUGCCUUUUAUUGACAAAGUGGGAGAGUUUCAACAUACAUGUGUAAGUUUCACCUCUUGAGAAAUAGCUGUUAUCUUGAGAGAUGGGUGCGGGCAGUUAUUUGUCUUGUCUCAUUGUGUUGAAACUUUAUGGUCAGCAAUAGAAACCUAAAACAGGAAAUCUGCCCCACUGGGUCAUGCUGACAUCUGUCCUUCAGUUGGAUGUGACCUUAUACAACACAUUCUUUCUUUUGUAAGGCCUUAAGACUUAAGUAAGACAAGUAGUUAUAGCUAUUAGUUUUAAACACAUUAUUAACCUUAGCGCGCAAAAGCAUUAAAGCACAUCUUACAUACUUGAAGGGGCUCAAUGGACAAAGGCAGUCUGAACAGGCAUGCCAAAAAAACGAUAUGACAAAAUAUCGGAAUUGUGCAUUAAGACCUGCACUAUGAACCUAGCCUAAGAGCUGAAGGGGAUAGUUACCUUUCUCGCAGACACCGUACAACUGUUUGCAUUAGACUAACACAUUCAUAAUAGUAAAGCAUUAAACCAUAGUUUAAGGAAACAUACUCCAUGUCCUUUGACCAGUAAAGUAGACCAGCCUAUCAGCCCUCGCCUGAUAAGGUAAGGAGAAGACGUCAGCGACUCGUCUGUGAGGUCAGAACACCCUCGCCCUACCAAGAUAACAAGUUGAUAGCUGGGCGCCUUAGACGUCAAGACGUGUCAGUUGCCGUGGCAACCAUGACCCAGCCACAAAAGAUGACACGAACUUGACCGCCCAAACCUGCCACAGAAGGAUGAUCCCAAGACGGCACGCCUUCCGCCCGGCCCACUCCACUGCAGCUUUCAAAAGACUGAACAUUUAACAAACAACUGUCGCUUCUUGGAAAAAAAACUCAAUGAGGCUGUAGCAGACUACUCUUGAGGCCAACUUUGAGCCAUUUGCGCAAGUCUCCGUCAAAUGUGGCAUAUAACAAGGAGAUGCAUUAUCCCCACUGCUGUUCUGCAUAGGCCUGAUCCCCCUCAGCCAAUGCAUCAACAAGACUGGCUAUAAAUACCAACUUAAGAAUGGGGCCAGCGUCACUCACCUCCUCUACACAAGCUGUACGCUAAGAGUGAGCGAGACAUUGACUCACUGAUCCACACCACCAGGGUCUACAGCGGUGACAUCGGAAUGUCACUCGGACUGGAGAAAUGUGGCCGAAUAGUGACAAAGAGAGGGAAGGUAGUCCAAAGAGAGGAGGUUGCACUCCCAGAGGGACGGAUAGCAGAUGUUGAGGAGAGCUACAAGUACCUUGAAAUAUCACGUCACGAAGAGGCCACAAGAAAUGAUGCAACAGUCAAGUAUCUGCAAUGAGUAAGGCAAGACCUGGGAAGUCAGCUCAACGGCAAGACCCUGUGCGAAGUGCACAAAUGGACACCCCUAUGUUUGAAGAUGGUGUAAGUUAUAGACAAACCGUUACGAGUACAGAAGUCUAUUAACAGAACACCGCUCGGGUUCUGAUGGGGAAGCUGUUCCUCCCAAUCAUACCCCUCCAGGUCUCACUGUCAUUGCCCACGUGAGCGUUGAAGUCCCCCACCAGAACGAGGGAGUUCCCAGAGGGAACACUCUCAAGCACACCCUCCGAGGACUCCAAAAAGGGUGGGUACUCUGAGCUGCUGUUUUGUGCAUAAGCACACAAAAAACGACAGGAAAUCCAGACUCAGUCCACUGUUUCUGCAGGUCCCCCAAUGUCUGGAAUUGGCCCUUCUACACAAUCUUUCUCAGGGUGCAGUCACCUCUUCUGGUUGUGCAGCGUUUCCUGCCACACCAUUUCCUUCCCACAGACUUCCCACUGAGAUGCCUUGAUACAGCACUCUGGGUACAGCCUAUUCGCUCAGAAAUGUCUUUCUGUGUCUCAGCCUCUUGCUGUAGGGUAUCAAUGAUAGCCUUCUGGACAGCAGUCAGGUCGGCAGUCUUGCCCAUGAUUGCGGUUUUGAGUAAUGAACCAGGCUGGGAGUUGUUAAAAGCCUUAGGAAUUAUUCACAGGGGUUUUGAGUUAAUUUGUUGAUUCAGAUGAUUAGGUUAGUAGCUUCUUUAGAGUACCUUUUCAUGAUAUGCUAAUUUUUUGAGAUGGGGAGUUUUGGUUUUUCUUUACUUUUUUUUGCCAAAAUCAUCAAUAUUAAAACAAUAAAAGGCUUGAACUACUUCAGUUGUGUGUAAUGAAUCUAAAAUAUAUGAAAGUAAUGUUCAUCAGUUUCAUUACAGAAAAUAAUGAACUUUAUCACAAUAUGCUAUUUUUUUAGAAUGACCUAUAGACCCUACCCACGUGACGUCACAACUCCGCUCUCCUGAAUGGUACCGCCCAACUGUCCGUCAAAACAUAGUGUUAACCUGUUACGGCUACGUACAUUCUUCCUAUUUACGGCGUGUUUUUCUGCUCCUUAACAUUAAUAAUCAAAAUGGUGAAGGCGUGUGUGGCUGUUGGUUGCACUAACAGAGAAGAUGGAAGGAGAGACUUGAAGUUUUACCGUAUUCCGAGGGAUCCAAAGAGGAGAGCGAAAUGGACGGCUGCAAUUCGACGUGAAAACUGGGCACCAAAAAAUCACCACAGACUAUGUAGUAGUCAUUUUAUAUCCGGUAAGAUGCAUUUAAGAUAUACUUAGAGGGUUUGGGGCUGACAAAUAACCACAAUUAAGAUCAUUGCUAGGCUAAUCGCCGACAACAUACACGUAUGUAUGUAGUGAGAGUGCUAUCGCUAAACCAUAUAAACAUUAAAAGCCUUAACUCCAUUGACAAACGACAUGAAAUACAUUAGACUUGACAGUGGAUGUUAGCAAUAACAAAAGAUUUUGAAUUGAAAAUUUCGUAACUCGCCUUUCCAAGCACAAGAUAGAUUCCUGCCGAAUUUUCGUGGACGAGGACCUGUUUCACCCAACCAGCAACGAAGUAUUUAUAAGCCUCCAAGCUCUUCAAGUUUUUCAAAUUUUCGUGAGAAUAGGCUGAUUUUGUGUGGACAAGAUAAUUGUAAAUAUCAGCGUAGCAGAUGUCAGGCAGACAGGGCGAAGACAGUGGGUCGAAAAACAUCGAUUUGGGCAUCAAAUAUGGAUCUGGCGACUGUAUAGAACGAA